CUCCCUCCGUCUCCGCCCGACCCAAGCUCCGUCAAUCCAAGGACGAGACCCGAUUCCCUCCGCUCCGCGGAAAUUCUGCUGGACUUCACUCCAGUUAGUUCCAGAUCGCGCCGGCGUUUUCCUUCUUAGUCCGGUCGAGUCAGAACGUUUAACUUCCUUGCUUCUCCAGAUCGUUCUCGUAACUAUCCCUGUUGUAUUUUUCUUUUCUCUUUAUGACUUUUGAAUUUCGGUUUCUUUGAGUGGUUUUGGGUAGUUUCUGGUCUUCGGAGAAGGGAAUUUACUGCUUCUCAGCCGAUCGUCGGAGGACUGGGAUUUGGAUUUUGCUUCGAUUUUCCUUUUGGUGAGUUGUGAAGAGGGAAAAUCUUGUUUUUCUUGAUUCAUGGAGGAGAAUGAUUGCAAGGCGAAUAAAACGGCGUCGACUAGCGAAACUUUGGAUGUGGUGAUGGGUUGUGUGAUAAAUUACAUAGAGGAUCCCAAGGACCGGGACGCGGUGUCGAUGGUAUGUCAUCGGUGGUACGAGCUCGACGCGUUGACGCGGAAGCACGUAACGAUUGCGCUGUGUUACACGACCAAACCCGAGCGGCUUCAAAAGAGAUUCGGCCACCUCGUAUCGCUGAAACUCAAGGGGAAGCCUAGGGCGGCUAUGUUCAAUUUGAUACCGGACAAUUGGGGUGGCUAUGUGAGGCCGUGGGUGAGAGAGAUUGCGGAGAAUUUCCAUCAGUUGAAAGCGCUUCAUUUUCGACGGAUGAUUGUUACUGAUGCAGAUCUGAAACUUUUGGCUAGGUCUCGCGGGAAGGCCUUGGAGGUUUUGAAAAUUGAUAGGUGCAUGGGGUUCUCAACUGACGGGUUAUUUCACGUGGCUCGCUCGUGCAGGCAACUAAAAACCUUAUUUCUGGAAGAGAGCUCAGUUGAGGAGAAGGAUGGUGCAUGGCUACAUGAGCUUGCAAUUAAUAACACUGUUCUUGAAAUUUUAAAUUUUUACAUGAUUGAUCUUUCUCAAGUCAGUUUUCAAGACCUCGAACUUAUAGCCAGGAAUUGUCACUCCUUGGUCUCCGUGAAAAUUAAUGAUUGUGAAAUCCUUGAUCUUGCUGGAUUCUUUCAUGCUGCAACUGCUUUAGAAGAGUUUUGUGGUGGUUCUUUCCGUAGUAGGCAAGAUGACGAACUAGACGAUUACUCUCUUGUAAGAUUUCCCCCAAGAUUGCGCUGUUUGGGUCUAUCUUAUAUGGGAAGGAACGAAAUGCCAAUGGUAUUCCCAUUUGCAAAUUUGCUCAGAAAAUUGGAUCUUCUCUAUUCAAUGCUUGGCACAGAGGAUCAUUGUCUGUUAAUACAAAGAUGCCCAAACUUAGAAGUUCUCGAGGCAAGGAAUGUUAUUGGAGAUAGAGGUUUAGAAGUUCUUGCUAGGAGUUGUAAGAGACUGAAGAGGCUUAGGAUUGAGCGAGGUGAAGAUGAGCAGGGAAUGGAGGAUGAAGAAGGUGUGGUUUCACAAAGAGGGUUAAUUGCUUUGGCUCAGGGCUGCCUUGAGUUAGAAUAUUUGGCUGUUUAUGUUUCUGAUAUAACGAAUGUGGCUUUACAAUAUAUCGGGACAUACUCAAAAAAUCUCUCUGAUUUUCGCCUAGUCUUGCUUGACCAAGUGGAGAGGAUAACAGAUUUGCCUCUUGACAAUGGAGUCCGGGCUUUGUUGAUGGGCUGCGAAAAGCUUAGGAGGUUUGCUCUGUAUCUCAGACCUGGUGGUUUGACUGAUGUGGGGCUCGGUUAUAUAGGGCGUUACAGCCCAAAAAUAAGAUGGAUGCUUCUGGGGUAUGUUGGGGAGACAGAUGUAGGGCUUUUGGAGUUCUCUAAGGGAUGCCCUAGCCUGCAGAAGUUAGAAAUGAGGGGCUGUUUUUUCAGUGAGCGUGCACUAGCAGCUGCUGUGUUACAACUGACUUCUUUGAGGUAUUUGUGGGUGCAAGGGUAUAGAUCAACACUUGAUGGUCGAGAUCUUGUAGCAAUGGCUCGUCCGUAUUGGAAUAUUGAGUUUAUUCCUGCUACAGUUAUGAACGAUCAUGCUGGAGAUGAGCACAUAAUAGUUGAGCAACCAGCAGUUGAGCAACCAGCCCAAGUACUGGCAUAUUAUUCUCUUGCUGGACCAAGAACAGAUUUUCCAGAUUCUGUCAUUCCUUUAAACCGUUAGUUUCCACGUAAAGCUGUAUGGCAAACUCUUUUCGAAGUUGUCCUUUAGUUUUCCGUUCACAUCCUGUCCAUAAAGUUCAUGCACAUUUCACUUUUUCUUUAGAGAUUUUCAACUUGAUUUUGAAUUUUCUAUUAUUUUCUGGACCUUGUCAUGUAACAAAAAUUAUGCUUUCUUUUGUAAUCUGGAAUUACUUGCUCCCUUGGUGGGCAACUGUCUCACUUUCAUUCCUUGUCAGUGGCGAGUAGAUAUCAAGUUUUGUUAGGGGACAGAAAGUGAGGAUGUUAAAGUUCCUGUAUUAGCAGGAAGACUUUUCUGUAUUUGUAAUGACUAAUUCGAUUGUGAACUUUUUCUCGAUUUUUAUCUUUGUAAUGCACAAUGUAACAUUACCAUGCCAAUAUGCCAUGA